AUGCAUGUAACCAACGACCUGAACCAACAACUUACAUUCGAUUUAUCCCAAUGUCCACAAAGUUUUCAUGAUAUAUUGACAAUAAUCGAUGUUAUCAAUGUGUUGUCAGAUAAAAAGAGGCAAGCACAGUUUCCUGAAGUUAUGUUUUCGACAACGGAUGAUGAUUCCGAUGAAGAUAUGAAAUUCACUCGAGACGACGUCGAAAAAUCGAACAGUCAUUUCGAUACGACAGCUGAUCAACAAUUGAUUAGUUUUAUGAAUAAACAAUUAUUAGUCAACAAGUCCUUCAAAGAUUUUAUUCAGAGUCUAUCUAUCGAAGACAUGUCUGAUGCGGCAUUCUAUAAAACUUACUCAUCUCUAUCGAACAUUCCAGCUGCCUAUAUAAUAACUCGUGCAAAACUAUUCUAUCGAUUAAGUAUGCUCAUCGAAAAAGUUGUGCCACUUCUCGAUUUUACUUUAUUACCGAGACAGAGUAUUCUAACAGAUAAAAUUCGCGCACAUAAAACUUAUUUGUUGCAUCCAAUAAAGCUUCACUGGUUCGAUCAAUCCCUACAGAAAACUAUAGCAAAAUCGUCACAAGAUAUUCCUUCAGUUGAGUUUGACACGAUUAAAGCUAGUGAUGUUGAUAAUAAGGAUGAAGCUACUAUGUUUCAUCAAGCUUAUGCUCAAUUAUAUCAAAAUGCUCAAGUAACAUUUCGGAGAGAGGAAGAACAACUAUGGCAAGCACAAUACAUUGGAAUGCACAGUACGGAUCAAGGUGGACCCUAUCGAGAUUCAAUAACUCGCAUCUGUUCGGACAUAUGCAGUACACGAUUGCCAUUGUUUAUUUUGUGUCCAAACGGACGAACACAAACUGGCUUGAAUCGUGAUCGUUGGAUUCCAAAUGUAUUUCCACCGAAUAUAUCAAUUUCAAGUAAAGUGAAAAAUCAAUAUUGGUUCGUUGGACAAUUGAUGGGCAUGGCAAUACGUAAGAAACAUUACUUAGAUUUAAAAUUUCCCAUUCUGCUUUGGAAACAAUUGGUACAGGAACAAAUAACUAUGGAAGAUAUUGAAGCAAUUGAUAUGCAAAGUUUUACAAUCAUUAAUGAAAUGAAAAAGACUUUAAAACGAAGUCAGUCAAUAGAUACCGAUAGUGACAUCAAUUAUUUACUUAGCAGUAUUAUGAGUGAACUACGCUUUGAUAUUGUUAGUUCAGCUGGACAAACUUAUGAACUUGUUCCUGGUGGUGCAAAAAUUCCAAUUACUUCUGAUAAUUUAAAACAAUAUUGUUCAUACUAUUGUGCAUAUCGUCUAAAUGAAUUUCAUCGACAAAUUGAAUUUAUUCGUCAAGGCUUGUAUAGCAUUGUACCAAGCUCUUAUUUGAGUUUAUUUACAGCUAGUAAUCUUGAAGAAGCCGUAUGUGGAAAAGGACAAAUUGAUGUUGAACUAUUGAAAAGGAACACGAAUUACAAGCAUAUCAGUGCAGAUGCACCACAUAUUCAACGGUUUUGGACAGUGUUAAGUGAACUAUUCGAUGAAGACCAGAGAAAAUUAUUCUUGAUAUUUGUUUGGGGAAGAAGUAUAUUACCGAGUAAAGAUGAAGAAUUUACAUCGAAAUUCACUAUUAAUCCAUAUCAUGUAAACAAUGAUGAAGUGGAUAAAGCACUCCCGCGUAAGUAG